UAAUGGUGAAGGUGAGGAUGAAAGAUCACAGUUCGUAUCUCACAACAUGUUCAAGCUCGCCCUGGUCGCCGUUGCGCUCGUGGUGGUCGCCGCCCGCCCCUCCGACCCCUACGGACCCCCGCCCCCCGUUUACGCGGAUGUCCCAGCCGAGUACCAGUUCAGUUACGGCGUGAAGGACGACUACUCCAAGAACAACUACGGGCACUCGGAGGACCGCAGCGGCUACAACACCCAGGGACAAUACCAGGUCCUGCUACCUGACGGCCGCGUGCAGACGGUGGAGUACUCGGUCACAAAGGACGGAGGUUUCGUCGCUAAUGUCGUGGCCAAGGGAGUCAGUGGCUAUAACUAGUAUCCGCAUUUAGAACCUGCAUUUAUUAACAUCAGUCAUUUGUUAUUUAUUGUUGUUUCCCUGGUUGGAAAUGUGAAUUAUUGUCAAAAAAUUAAAUGUGUACUUUGGUA